AUGCUUCCUUCGGUCUCUUUUUUACUUGCGCUUUGCCCUCUUGUGGCCCUGGCUGCACCGUCCGCUCUCCCUUUCGAGCUCGAAAAGAGAGAUAUUACGUGUCUGAAAGUUGGAGCGACCGCAACAGCCAAAUGGACGAAUAGCACCGGACAGACAUGCACCUUUACGGGUGUGGUAGGGAGCAACUACGGCGCCAAUGGCGCGGGAUCGGGAGACUAUUCGUGCAAUGGUCGAUGUGGUGCUGGCUGUACCGGAAGUUCUCUGGGCAACGCUUACACCCAAGACUGCUUCUCUCAUGACAUCUGCUCUUACUUCAACAACGCAAGUGGUGGUGCUAGUGACCCCAACUGCGGCGCCGCAUUCAUCGCUGCUGUCGAUGACACUAUCCUAGGUGUCAUCGCGGGGUGUGGGCAAACCAACCCAUCCAACGCCGUAUCUAAGCCUUCGACGGAACCUAUUUGCAGUUAA